UCUUUCUAGUCUUUAUAUACCUUAGAAUGAAAUAUAUGACUUAUAUACCUCCAAUAUACAAAAUGGUUGUCUCAAACACACAACAAAUUCAGGACAAUUUCCCACAAAACUAUGAUAAAAACAGUGAACUUAAAGCCUUUGAUGACACAAAAGCCGGUGUCAAGGGCCUUGUCGAUGCUGGAAUUACUGAAAUACCUCGGAUAUUCAUCCAUCCAGAGGGUUCGGGGAAGUCCCCGAGCCUCGAGGAAAAACAUUUUAUUUUUCCAUUGAUAGACCUUGAAAACAUGAACAAUGAUCCUGUCAAGCACAAAGAGAUGGUUAAACAAAUUGGAGAUGCAUCAGAAACAUGGGGUUUUUUCCAAGUGAUCAAUCAUGGUAUUCCUGUGUCCGUCCUGGACGAAAUGUUGCGAGGAGCACGUCGUUUCUUCGAGCAAGAUAUCGAAAUUAAAAAGCAAUAUUACCAUAGAGAUUAUACAAAGAGGGUGGUUUUUAAUAGCAAUUUUGAUCUGUAUAGUCCUAAAGCUAUAUCAGUAAAUUGGAGUGACUCACUUUAUUCCACAAUGGGUCCUGAUCCUCUUAACCCUGAGGAAUUGCCUGAGGCAUGCAGGGAAAUACUAAUGGAGUACUCACAUCAUGUGAAGAAAAUGGGGUGCACUUUGCUUGAGUUAAUGUCAGAGUCUCUUGGUCUAAAACCAAGCCAUCUCAAAGAAAUGGAAUGUUCAGAGGGUCUUAGCAUUUUGUGCAAUUACUACCCAGCAUGUCCACAGCCAGAACUAGCUAUAGGCGUCAGCAAACAUACAGACAAUGACUUCUUCACAAUCCUUUUGCAAGACGAUAUCGGAGGCCUCCAAGUUCUUCACCAGAAUCAGUGGGUUGAUGUUCCUCCUACACCUGGAGCUUUAGUGAUCAAUAUUGGCGACGUUCUCCAGGCAAGUCUUUCAACCUCUUACUUCUUAACAUAGGCGAAUUCAGGAUCUAGAGUCUUUACGUUCAGUAUAAGUGCGAUCUUAUUGCAUGUGUACAAGGGAACCUGAUGUUAAGCACCGGGGCCAGCUCCAAAGGAAUGGGUUUGAAUGUUGAUAUAUACCGUCUUUUAGCUGACCUUUCCAAACCAUGCUUCGCAAUAACGAGAUUAUAGUAUUGAAUCUUUUUCCAGUAGCUGUGUUGCAGUAGUAGCUGUAUUAUCAUCGAACUAAUGGACGGACUGCAAUGCAAGUACUAGUUGAAAACAAUGGGAUCAGUUGAACACGCCGAUGCCACCCUAAAUAAUCUUCCUCUCUGCUUC